AAAAAAAAAACUAUGGGGAAAGAUAUCGCAUAUCGAUACAUGAUAGAAACACAAAGAAAAUAUAAAUGUAUCGAGGCUUUCACACCUCUAGCAGCCAAAUCUUAACAACAAAAUUAUAAAGUUUAUCUUAUCGCCGAUCCCAGCGCUCGAAUUGAACUGGAUUGUAAGAAUGCUAACGUGAAAAACGGCCGACGCAAUGCUGCUGCUGGAGCUGAACAUUCUGACCCUGAACAUUUGGGGCAUUCCGUACGUGUCAAGCGACCGUGGACCCCGAAUAGAUGCUAUUUGCAAAGAGCUGGCCAGUGGCAAGUAUGACAUUGUGUCCCUGCAGGAAGUGUGGACGCAGCAGGAUAGCGAGCGGCUGCAGAAGGGAACGGAGGCGGUGUUGCCACAUACACACUACUUCCACAGCGGCGUGAUGGGUGCCGGUCUGCUGGUGUUAUCAAGGUACCCCAUAUUGGGCACGCUGUUCCAUGCGUGGUCCGUCAACGGCUACUUCCAUCGUAUUCAGCACGCUGAUUGGUUUGGCGGUAAGGGAGUGGGUCUGUGCCGCAUUCUGGUCAACGGACAAAUGGUGCAUCUGUACAAUGCCCACCUCCAUGCCGAGUACGACAACGCCAACGACGAGUAUAAGACGCACCGGGUGAUCCAGGCCUUCGACACAGCUCAAUUUAUCGAAGCCACCAGGGGCAAUUCGGUGCUGCAGAUCCUCGCCGGCGAUCUGAACGCCCAGCCGCAGGAUAUAUCGUAUAAAGUGCUGCUCUACACCUCUAAAAUGCUCGAUAGCUGCGCCUCGGACACCUUCCGAACGAAUGAGUGCGAACACAAUUCGUAUACAUCGCCUCGAGCUCUGGCAAGAAAUCCCCAAGGCAUUCGCAUCGAUCACAUCUUUGUGCGCGGCGGGGAUCAUGUGAAUGCCGAAAUCGCAGAGUACAAGCUCCCUUUUCCGAACCGUGUGCCCGGCGAAAAGUUCAGCUUCUCAGAUCACGAGGCUGUCCUGGCCAAACUGAGGUUAUCCCGGCCAACAGUAGCAGAGGAAAACUCCAGAACCAUUUCAGAAACUCCAGCAGUGGCCACCAUCGAGGUGAAUUGUCAGGUGGAGGACGAGGAAACGUGUGCAGUGCGUGAACUGGGUGCCGGCGAUGCUCAGACUGAGCAUGAACAGGAGGAGACUCGGCCAGAGGUUCAUUGCAAUGGCAGCUCAACUUCCGUCCAGUCAAUGCCCGCCGCCCGGACGGCCGCACUUCACGAAGCCCUGGCCCUUUGCGACGCUUCGUUACUCCAGCUAAACACCGAUCGGAUACUCUACUACAGUGCCGCCACCUUCCUGUUUGUCCUCCUGGUCCUUUUAGUUGAGUUCACGGCCCCGGUGGGCAUGCGCACCAUCUUCCUGCUGCUCAAGUUCAUAGUGUUUGGCGUCAUCUUGUUCUGUGUGUUCAUGGCCUCUAUUUGGAACUACAUGGAGCGGAAUGGUGUGCUGCAGGGCAAGAAAUCGAUGGAGGUGAUGCUGCAUCAUGCCCAGAAGUAUGAGUACUUCUACUGAGGGAGGAGUAGCCCUUAGCUCAAUACGCGCAUUUAAUAUCCGUGUGUAAACGUAGUUUAACAGCCACUGUAUUUGUCUUUAGAUCUAAGCUAGUAAAGACUUGACAUGAUCUUAGAUGGUCUUGUAUAAGAUUUCAAUGCAAUUC